AUAUUUCCUAUUCUCCAUAAAACACAGAUUACUUUAAGUUGUUUUAAAUUCAAAUCCGUUCACUAUAACCAAUAAUAAUAAAUAAUUUUACAGAAGGACUACAACUUGACAAACGCGAUUCACAAUAUACGAUUUCGGAGAGUGUAUCCAGAGGGGCAACUGGAACUAGUCGACAGAAGCUGGAAACGCUUCCUACGGUAGAGCAGCAGGGGUUCCGACGCCGCAGCGAAGGUGAUGAACCCUCACAGAAAAAACCAAUUCAAAUAGAACAGCCACAGUCGAAUUUUAAAUCCAACUCACUGUCGGUUGGAGGAGGAUUAAGUGUACAUCCGAAUACUAUUAAAGAACUUAGGCGGGGCUUGCUUGGCGACCCCACGGACAUGAUAAUGGAAAUCGGCGAAAAACUCAAUAAGGAUCCCCGAGAAGGAGCAGAAUCAGGACAACAAAUUUGCUGUCGGAACCCGAAAUGCAAUCAGUGGGCCUUGCCAGGCGAUGCCAAGAAAGUUUACAAGUCAUGUCAUAAUUGUUCCUUUUUAUACUGUUCACGUGAGUGUCGACGAUACCAUUGGGAAAGGCAUCGCAAGGCGUGCCUUCACUCGCGCGCCUCAAACCUGUGUCGCCAGGUGCUUGCCCAUUGCAAGGACGACCUGGACUCGCAGCGCCACCUCAGCCUGCUGGCACGCAAAGGGGUCAUCUCCCAGGGACGGGGUGUCGUGCGGGUUCUUUUUCGGAGUGCUGAGAUGGCAGAGGGUUUCAUCAGAAAUGGCUUUCAGAGUAUGGGUGAGGCUACGUACGUGCGGUGGCCGGACCUUAUGCCAGCCGAGAUGGGCCUGGAGUUGUACUCAGAGCUACUUAGGCUCAGCACACUGUAUAAACCAGAGAACAAGAUGCUUGUUUACGUAGCCAUUUGCGUGGUGUCGGAGGCGCCGAGCAUGGGUCAGCCACCGGUGCGCUGGGAACGCCAACUGGUAAGUCGUUGUGCCAAACUAAAGCUCUGCAAGACAGUUUUGACCGAGUUGGAGCAGCAGCUUUCGGCACUUCAGCAACCUCUGGCAGUGGUGGCAGCGCCGGAACGGACUGAAAUUAUCAUUCUAACUUUCAACACCGGGCAGGGCUUUUUAAACAUCAACCGGGAGUUGAUCCUUUCCAACAUUCUGGACAUCUUGUCCAGGCGCGGAGUCGUGCUGCACAAGCACUAUCCGGAAAUAUUUCAGCGCUUGCAAACAUACAUCGGGGGGCAGAGCGAUAAAUUCAGCCCGGUAACAUUGCAUCCGCGAGAUUCACAAACCGGCAAAAGCUUCGUCUGCAUUAUCAUGCGGACGCAAACGAACAGUAACUUAAUAAAGAUUCCCUCAGCGACGGACGGUGGCAAUCGAGUAACUACUAUCGAUGUAUGCUCACCUAUGCCUUCCGCCAAGCUAGACGAUGAUGAACUACUUAAGACCACAAGAAAAACAGUUGAUUAAUUGCAGCGGUAGCGAAGAGCUUCAGAAGUAGAGGAGUGGCAGUGCAAACACUUGGCACUCCAAACUUGUUGGCGACUUCUUGAAGUGUUGCAUUGAAAGUAUCCAAAUGAAAGACACUUUCUUUCUAGAAACGCUCAACAUAGAAUAUUCGCAUUUAAAAUUAACGUUUUUACCAAAAAACGUCUAGUACAUCCAAAUAACUGAUCAAAUAACUCAAAUAACACUAUUUUUAAGAGUGUUUUUCAACUAUGAUGACGGCUAUAAUGUCCAAAUUAAAUUUGUUUUUCCAAUUUAUUUUUUUGUUGACGAAUAAAAAGUAAGUUUGUAAUAUAAUUUAUUUAUUACUUGUUUAACACGUUUUCUAAUAAUUCUUAAUGGACAUUAUUCUAGAAAUUUUAUGAUUUCCAUCCCAGAUUAGUUCAUUAAGAUCAUUAUCCACGGAAACGGCUUACAAAGUUUUUUAGGAACUUACAGUUUCAUAUUAAUAAAGUAUUUUGACUGAGGAUAAGUUCAAUGUAAACCAUUUAAAAAAAAGUUGGAUGUUUGUUUUUAACAAAUAAAAAAUAUUUUUUUAAAAGAUUUUUUGAAUGUAUGUAUAAUUAAGAAGUUUUAUUUUGUUAGAACAAAAUAUUCGUUUUAAAAGCUUUAAAAAUUUUCUAAUAACAAUAAUAACUAGGAGUAAUAAUAGUAGUUUUAGCUAACAAUGUCGAUGUUUUUGGGCUUUCCUAUGACUUGUUGAUUUUUAAGGAAAUAAAAUUACUCAAGCCUUUGUAUUGAUAACUCUUGGUUUGACUUACUCGAGAGUCAGAAUAUAACAAUAAGGGAUGUUUGCUUAAGCAAACCGAAGAUAGUAUACCCGUACACCUUAAGUCAUACUAUACAAUUGAAAUCAAGCGUUUUUUACGGAUACAAUAUAAUCAGAAGAUAUGUAUACAGGUAUACGGAUGGGCCUAAUGACAGCUAUUUGAUAUCGUCAUCCGAUUUGCAGACCCUUACACAACGUAUAAGGAUUUCAUUCAAAAGUUUGCGUCGCAGUUUCGGAAUUGUUUCCGACCGAAGAAAUGUUCACAAAACAAUGCCGAAUGUUAUGAAUCAUUCAAAAAAGGAGGUGUCUGUUGCUGGCAUUGAAAUGCACCACGAUGCAUUAAUCAGAAAUGAGGUUGUAUGCAUCAACUAAUCACAUUCUGGGGCAACCGCAACUAGUCAGUAGAAGCUGGAAACGCUUCCUACGGUAGAGCGGCACGGGUUCCAACGCCGCAGCGAAAGUGACGAACCCUCACAGAAAAAAACAAGUCAAAAAGAACAGCCACAGUCGAAUUUGAAAUCCAACUUACUGUAAGUUGGAGCAGGAUUAAGUGUACAUCCGAAUACUAUUAAAGAACUUAUGCGCUUGUUAUGUACUAAGCGACAAAAAUCUGUACAAAUUGAGAAUUUAGCAAAGCUGUGUACAUUAAGACUUAUAACUAUAACUACGAAAAAUCGAUACACGACUAUCGACGACUCGUGAGCUCAGGGAGUCAUGCAGCUUAAUCAUGUCAUGGAACUGGUUCCUUAAACCGGAUAACUCCAAAAUGAGCCAUAUAUUCCGUGAGGGAUAAGCCUGGAUCAGGAAAAGAGACUUACCUAAGGAGAGACGAAGACCAGCCACCAGGAGAUCUACAUUUCCGACCAGAAAAUUGGCCACUCACCCCCGGAUGGCGACAGGGGCAACCGCAACUAGUCAGUAGAAGCUGGAAACGCUUCCUACGGUAGAGCGGCACGGGUUCCGACGCCGCAGCGAAAGUGACGAACCCUCACAGAAAAAAACAAGUCAAAAAGAACAGCCACAGUCGAAUUUGAAAUCCAACUUACUGGGCAACCGCAACUAGUCAGUAGAAGCUGGAAACGCUUCCUACGGUAGAGCGGCACGGGUUCCGACGCCGCAGCGAAAGUGACGAACCCUCACAGAAAAAAACAAGUCAAAAAGAACAGCCACAGUCGAAUUUGAAAUCCAACUUACUGUAAGUUGGAGCAGGAUUAAGUGUACAUCCGAAUACUAUUAAAAAACUUAGGCGGGGCUUGCUUGGCGACCCCACGGACAUAAUAAUGGAAAUCGGCGGAAAACUCAAUAAGGAUCCCCGAGAAGGAGCAGAAUCAGGACAACAAAUUUGCUGUGUAAUCAGUGGGCCUUGCCAGGCGAUGCCAGGAAAGUUUACAAGUUUCAUCAGAAAUGGCUUUCAGAGUAUGGGUAAGGCUACGUACGUGCGGCGGCCAGACCUUAUGCCAGCCGACAUGGUCCUGGAGUUGUAGUCAGAGCUACUUAGGCUCAGCACACUGUAUAAACCAGAGAACAAGAUGCUUGUUUACGUCGCAAUUUGGUUGUUGUUGGAGGCGCCGAGCAUGGGUCAGGCACCGGUGCCCUGGGAACGCAAACUGCAGCUUUCGGCACUUCAGCAACCUCUGGCAGUGGUGGCGGUGCCGGAACGGACUGAAAUUGUCAUUCAAACCUUCAACACCGGGCAGGGCUUUUUGAACAUCAACCGAGAGUUGAUCCUUUCCAACAUUCUUGGCAUCUUGGCUAAGCGCGGAAUCGAGCUACACAAGCACUAUCCGGAAAUUUUUCACCGCCUUCAAACAUACAUACAUACAUCGGGGGAAGAGCGAUAAAUUCAGUCCGGUAACAUUGCAUCCGCGAGUUUCACAAACCGGCUAAAGCUUCGUCUGCAUUAUCAUGCCGACGCAAACGAACAGUAACUUAAUGAAGCUUCUCUCAGCGACGGACUGUGGCUAUCGUAUCGAGCUACUAUCGAUGUAUGCUAGACGAUGAUGAGCUACUUAAGACCACAAGAAAAACAGUUGACUAAAGGCAGAAAAAACAAUUGCAGCGGUAGCGAAGAGCUUUAGAAGUAAAGAAGCGGCAGUGCAAACGCUUGACUCUCCAAACUUUUUGGCGACUUCUUGAAAUAAAUCAAAUAACACUAUUUUUAAGAGUGUUUUUCAACUAUGAUGACGGCUAUAAUGCCCAAAUUAAAUGUGUUUUUCCAAUUUAUUUCUUUGAUGACAAAUAAA